AGGGAAUGGCGAUAUCAUUUUCGUUAUAGCGAUGGCGACAUUCAGAAGUGAUUUUAACAGCGUGCCGAACACUUACACCGACCGCCUGACGGCAUUAAAAAAAAAGCUAACCACGUGUUUCCAGCAGUGGCGACAUCAGCUGCAUAAACAUCACCAUCAACCGAAGCAACGUGUCAGUGGACAAUUCUAUAAGUUCUUUUUGCGAGCGGACUGUUCUAUAUUGGGCGAGAAAGUAACGUAUUUGCAAAAAUUCAAAAAGGUUUUCACAGCACGCCAGAAUUUGGCGGGAACUCAAACAGCAGCAGAGAGUCGAGCAGAGCUUGUGAACCUUAUCAGCCAGAAGGAGGAGGAGCAGGAGCAACAGCUACAUAUUGUAGCCACGCUUUUCUCAUCGACAUUAAUAUCAAAAUAUAGCUCGAAAAAUUCCAUCAACUCCGACAUGACCAUCAUGGAAGACACAUACAUUAGGGUGCGCGACGAGCACCCUGAAAUUGAUGUUGAGAUACGCGCCAUACUGCUCGCCCAUGCCCAGAAUGGUAUCACGAUAUCGAGCAUCAAAAAUGAAUAUCGACAAUUGACGGGCAAUGCAUUUCCGCUUCACGACAACAUCACAGACUUUUUGCUUACCAUACCGCAUGUUACGGCGGAAUGCUGCAAGUCUGGCAAACGCAUCUUUAACAUCAAGCCAACCGAAGAUACCCGACACCUGCACGAAAUGAUACUGAAUCAGCGGCAGCGUGAAAAUGUUAGCAACAAUAACAACAACAACAUUAUGUACGCACAGGAACCGCCACGUUUGUGGCGGUCCCAAUACAAGCGUCGAUAUCCGCUAAAGCUGAACAACAAUAUGAACAUUAACGAGAAACCGCCAGCUGUAAAGAUGGUUCCAGUGCAGUCCCUGGCCACGGCUGCAAUGGAACCCUUUGGUGUCUAUCAGGACAACUGGAAGCAUCUCAACAAUCAGUAUCAGCUAUCGCAGAUGGCAGCUCAAAACAACAACAACAACAUCAACAAUAACAUCAACAAUAACAUCUACUCUAUUCGUUCGGAUCCUGCACAGCUACAGAUAGCACCUCCGCCGGCAGAGCAUCAGCAGCUGGAACAGCAUCAGAUUGUAGAGUAUACACAUAAGCGGCGUCAUGAAUUCACGCCAACGCCAACAACAUUGUCAUGUCCAUCCCAACAUGACUCCAUGUUCACCAUCAACUCAGACUAUGAUGCAUAUCUAUUGGAUUUUCCGCUGAUGGGCGAUGAUUUCUUCUUAUACUUGGCACGCAUGGAGUUGAAAUGCCGUUUCAAAAAGUAUGAGAGGGUGCUACAGUCUGGUUUGUGCAUCUCUGGCCAAACCAUAAAUGCCGCACGGCAACGUCUGCAACAUGUUGAACUACCCGAGUUGACACAAAUCAUUGUUAACAUCGGUUCCGUUGACAUAAUGCGGGGCAGGCCGUUGGUUCAAAUCGAGCAUGAUUUCCGUCAGCUAAUCAAGGAGAUGCACAACCGAAGAUUCGUGCCUGUGCUGACCACGUUGGCACCGCUAGCCAACAGACGCCACGACCAGCAGACAAGCGACAAAGUGUUGCGAUUCAACAAGUUUAUACGCAGCGAGGGACGACACCUAACAGUCAUUGAUAUACACUCGUGUCUGAUUAAUGAGAAUGGUGUUGUGCGUUUCGAUUGCUUCCAGAACGGGCCACGUAGUGUGACGGGCUCACCAGAGCCACAUGUAUUCUGGAACAAAAUCGGACGGCAGCGAGUGCUGCAGAUGAUCGAACAAAAUUUGGAAUAUCACUAAGGCUGAUCGGGUUACAAUGGGUGGAGUCAGUCGAUCUGGCACCGGUUAUAAAGCUUGUACAAAAGUUUUACAAUUAUUCAAAUGACGGCAUGCUGUUUUUAAAGGAAAUUUCAUUUCAAAUGUUAAUUUUUAAUGUGUUUUAUGUUCGUUUUGUCAUGUGUUAGUCCUUAGUUCUUGAAAUUAAAUGUGAUAAAUGUGUUAAAUUUAUGUUCUAUGUUCAUCUUCUGUCACUUUAAA